AUGGAAACAAGUGCUUGCUGGGAGGAGCCAUGGUGGACCACGCCUGAAAACUUUUAGCUUCCAUUGGUGUUUUACAUGGAAGAGGAGCAGGAGAAGUGCCUCUUUGGUGGACCUUCACCGCCUUGAAGUACAGAGCCACACCCUCAUUCGCUGGAAGGGUGGCUCACAGCCACAGGCCAGAAGCGUGUCACCGUAGUCGGACCACUGGAGGCAAGGCAGCGGCUGUUGCUCAUCAUCUGGAACAUGGAGAGCUGGGACCCCGAUCAGCACGCCUGA